GAAUGUAGAGGCAGUUACUGCGUAGCCUGAUGCAUAAUAUAAAUAGUUCUGAGCACAGGAUAUAUAUUAUAAGACAGACGGAGAGAGAGCUAGGAGACAUGGAUCACAGACAGCUGAGAGACAACAUCCGGACCUUCAGCCUCGGUGACUGCGCUCGGGGGAAUCAGGGGUAUAACCGGGUUCUCCUGCAGCUAUUCGGUUAUACAGGUCACGGGAAAUCCUCUCUGAUCAACUCUUGUAUAUACGCCCUGGAAGAGGACGGGGGAUUCAUCGAGCAUGCUGAGGCUGGAGAUCAAGAUGGAGGAAAAACUAUGAUAAGAAAAGCCUAUGAGCUCACCGGUAACAUCACCAUGGUGGACAACAGAGGGUACAAUAGAAUGGACGGCUUCCAGAGAGCUGAAGUUUAUGCCCAACUGGGAAACUUCAUCCCUGUAGGUGAGAAGGUGGUUUGGAGAGAUAAUUACACUGAUAUGAUGAUAGAAGUGGAGCGAUCUGACAUGGACCCAAAUUGCACAGACUUCAUUGUUCCUGUGUUGGUUUAUAGUGCCAAGGCCGGACUUGCAGAAGGGGAAAAGCCAGAGGUGAAAAUAUUUAUCAGUAACUGUAUAAAAAUGACAGGAGUUGCCCCCAUCAUUGUCCUCACCAACAAAACCAGCGGAGAUUACUUUGAGAUUGAGAAGCAGUUCAAGCUGAUAGGGGCUGAGACUGUGAUAGCCGUGGAGAACUACACCAAUGAGGACAGUAUGAAAACUCUGCGAAGAACCACAGAUUUCCUGAUGUUCAUUGAUGGCUCCAUAAAACAAGUAAUAUUCCGUAUGGAACAGAAAAGGAACCCGCGGGAAGAGCGACUACAGAGGAAGAUUUUCCUGCUCCAGUACAUACAUGAGGCUGAAAUGAAAAAGGAGGAAGAUAAAAGAGAGCGGGAGAGGCGCAAGGAAGAGGAAUUUAGGGCAAAGGUACUUAAGUCACCAUUAAAGUUUUUAUUUCAGCUAGGUAGAGAUACAUGAUGUAAGCAGGUACUAAUGUUAUUAAAUGGGAAAUAUCAAUUACAGCGGUUUUAAUUCUUUUGGGGGCUCUAUUUCCACAACCUCCACUUACUGUACCCAGGGCAAAUAUUUUAAUUACCUCCAUCGUGGCCUGGCCACAUCUCAUUCCACAUAAAUGUAUCCAAUGUUUCUCAAUGAAGGAAUUAAUAUCAGUUUGGUCAAAAUUAUUAUUUUUACAUGUUGAUGGAAGAAGUAAGUAUGAUAGAAAUGGAAAGAGACUCUGAAUUUUCUGCCACUUGGUGUCAAUGGCUAGAAUGGAAAAACUCAUUUUCCCACAUAGCGGCUCCAAUGAUGGGUGGCCUCCCCGGGCCCAUAAAAUGUCCCUCUUUCCCUCUCUAGUCCUCCCCGUACCUCUCUACCCAUUUAUUGUAUUGAUGGCGGCUCAUGUGCUCCUCACUGAGCUCCAUUUACCUCUUAUUAACUACAAAAAAAUAUCUUAUAUACUGACAUUGUUACCAUUGUUUAUGGUUAUCUGCUGUACUUAAGAAUUUCCAGUGGCCAUUGUAUAAGAAUAAAGAAAAGAUUUAAAAAAAUUGUAUACAAUUUUGCACAGCCCUGACGCAUUUCCGGCAGAUACAGUACCUGUAAUGGACCAACAAUGAUGUACUGGGCACAGGAGGAAUAAGCAUUAGGGGCAUUUAACAUUUUCCUUUUAUUUGUGCUGUUUAACAGAAAGAAAACAUAAAUAAGAUUGUGAUGUAUUUUCUAUUUUUGAAUAAUGUCAAAAGUAUUUCUAGAUACGAGACUGCAGCGCAGUCCCAAAUUCAACUAGAGGAUACCGCACCAACUGCCACCUCAAACGCUGCCACACAUCACCGGUCGGGACUCACUGGCAGUUGGUGCGGCUCUCCUAUUUGAAUUUUGGACUGUGCUGUAGUUCCACCUCUGGAGUGGCUACUGGUUGGGAGCAAAGCCAAAAAAAGUAAGUAACUUUGCACCUUGGUACGACCAGGCUACACUGCAGGUGGGGCAGAUGUAAUAGGUAUGAUUUAGAGGUGGACACAGUGAAACCAUCGGGUGCAAUUGCCCCGUGUUUUCUCUCUGCAUGUGCGUCCAGGCAGCACUGUGCAGUUACUGCUUUUUUUAGCUUUGCUCCCAUCCCAAAUUCAGCUACUUUAUAUUGGCCCUCAUUCCGAGAUGUUCGCUCGGUAUUUUUCAUCGCAUCGCAGUGAAAUUCCGCUUUGUGCGCAUGCGCAAUCUUCGCACUGCGACUGCGCCAAGUAUCUUUGCUAUGAAGAUAGUAUUUUUACUCACGGCUUUUUCAUCGCUCCGGCGAUCGUAAUGUGAUUGACAGGAAAUGGGUGUUACUGGGCGGAAGCACGGCGUUUUAGGGGCGUGUGGCUGAAAACGCUACCGUUUCCGGAAAAAACGCAGGAGUGGCCGGAGAAACGGUGGGAGUGCCUGGGCGAACGCUGGGUGUGUUUGUGACGUCAACCAGGAACGACAAGCACUGAACUGAUCGCACAGGCAGAGUAAGUCUGAAGCUACUCUAAAACUGCUACGAGGUUUGUGAUCGCAAUAUUGCGAUUACUUCGGUCGCACUUUUAAGAAGCUAAGAUACACUCCCAGUAGGCGGCGGCUUAGCGUGUGUAACUCUGCUACAUUCGCAUUGCGACCGAUCAACUCGGAAUGAGGGCCAUUGUUUCCACUAUUUAUCUCUGCACGUAUGCUGUAACUUUCUACUGUUACAGAAUGACUGCUCUCAGAUUAUAUUGUAAUCCCAAAAGAUUUGAUAGGGAUCCACCGCUGUCCAUGACAUAAUUGUUGAAUUCUGAUUCUUUGGAAUAUUUGUGAUUUUAAAAAAUAAAUCCAGCAUCAAUAAAAAGUGAAUAAUUAACAACA